AUGGCGCCGACGGCCGACGAGGCCGCGCAGCCACCGCCGAAGCGCCCCCGCCACGUCGUCCACGCGGAGCCGAAGCCGCCGCCGCCGGCGGCGGCGCGCGUGGGGCUCAACCCGGCGGACUGCAACAUCGAUUUCGACGUCGGCGGGGGCGGGCUCCGGGGCCAGGCGCUGCACGGGGGCGGGUUCGCCUACUGCUGGUCCGGCGCGCGGGCGACGGCCGGAGUCCGGGGCGGCGGGCGGUACUGCUUCGGGUGCAGAAUCCUGGCGGAGCAGCCCGUGGAGAUGGAGGACACGGAGGCCGACCAGCGCCACCUCUGCCGCGUCGGGGUCUCGAGGGGGGACGACCCGGUGGGCGGCCUCGGGGAGUCCGGCCACGGCUUCGGGUUCGGGGGCACGGGGAAGCUCUCCCACCACGGCAAGUUCUUCGAUUACGGCGCCAGGUUCGGGGCCGGGGACACGAUCGUCUGCGCUGUCGACCUCGAUUCCAAGCCCAUGGCAUCCAUCGGGUUCUCCAAGAACGGCGAGUGGCUUGGCACUGCCCAGUGUUUCGAUGCAAGCGAGACAGGCCUUGGUUUGCUUGGUGCUGCUCCUGUAAGGCCGAUGCAGUGGGAGUCUGCGAUCUUCCCACAUGUGCUGCUGAAGAAUGUCAUCGUCGAGAUGCAGUUUAGCAGGGAGGAUGGGCUGGAGCCGGUUGACGGCUACGAGCCAUGGACCUCAGCUUUUGCGGACGGGAAUGCAGUAUCUGGGCCAGUGUUUGCAGAACAAGGGGAAUGUGAGGUUAUGAUGAUGGUUGGCCUCCCUGCUUCGGGGAAAUCAACCUGGGCAGAGAAGUGGGUCAAGGAUCACCCCGAGAAACGCUUCGUCCUUCUUGGGACUAACCUUGCAUUGGACCAAAUGAAGGUGCCAGGAUUGCUGCGUAAGAACAACUACGGCGAGCGUUUUGAUCGGUUGAUGGACCAUGCUACAACGAUUUUCAACACACUGCUGGAUAGAGCUGCAAAGAUCCCUCGCAAUUACAUCAUAGACCAGACCAACGUGUACAAAAGUGCCCGUAUUCGCAAGAUGAGACCAUUUGCAAACUACCGUAAAAUUGCUGUGGUCGUUUUCCCAUUGCCAAGUGAACUCAAUUCCCGGGCAGCAAAACGAUUCAUGGAGAUGGGGAAGGAUGUACCAGCUGAAGCGGUUGACCAGAUGACAGUCAAUUUUUUCUUGCCACAGUCAAAGGACAUGCCUGGUUCAAAGGAAUCUUUCGAUGAGGUAAUAUUUGUAGAGCUUUCUAGGGAUGAUGCCCAGACAAACCUAGACGAGAUGAAGCGUUUGCUGCCAAGAACCCCGACUCCCAGCUAUGACAAUUUGAAUAACCAAAAUGUUAGCUCAGCAUAUACUGGGAUUGUUUCUCAGGGCGUUUCUGGUGCAGGACCAUCUCUGUCAGGCUCUCAACAACCAAUGAUCAACUCAUAUGGACAAGGUGUCUAUGCUCAGGGUGCACCGGUGGGUGUUCAAGGUUUUCAGAAUACAACAGGGAACCAACAUCAAAUCCAGUCCAGCUACUUCAGUGCCCCAUACCAACAUCAGACCCAGACAAGCUACCCAAAUCCUAGCUAUCCAACAAACCAACAUCAAAUUCACCCAAGCUACCCAAGUACCACAAACCAACAUCAAACCUAUGGAAGCUACCCAUUUCCUGGACCUAGCAAUACAGAUUUGCACCAAAGAGUUGAAGCUCCCAUCACUGGCACGAACCUCUACCAAAUUCCUGGGCCAACAGGAGACUAUGGGAUUUCUGGCUAUGGACCUGUGGCUCCAGUCUAUGCCCAACCAUUACCUCAAGCUGCCCAUCACCAGGUGCCAUACCAUGAUGGAGUUUCUUCAUUGAGUUCUGGCAAUUAUGGACCCUAUGGACAGCAGUCUCUCGUGACAGAUGUGCACAACACAGGCUUGCAGUAUGCCGCUCCACUGGCCAGGCCGCCUGGUCUUGGAGUUCUACCCCCUCCGAUUCCCGGCCCACCUCCUCGCGCACCUCUCACUCCAUACUACACGGGUCCACAGCAGGGCUCCUGGUAGGGAGAAUUGGAACGCUUUUUUUUUAGAUGAGAACUGGAAUGCUGGAAUAUGUAAAGCUCGACAAGAGAUAAGAGUAGAGUAACGGUGACAGCAUAGUGCAGCAGAGGAUUGGAUCAAACGUCACCUGCAUAUUUUUGAGGUUCCAGGAACCUAUCUAAACUGUGGCAUUUAUUGUAGGCGCAUGUUUUUGCACCUACAAUACUUUUCCAGAUCAUCUUGUGCAAACGAUGACACUUGUGUUUGAUGAGCUUACAAGGAUUGCAAUAGUAUUUUCGUAGAUUGCUGUAAAAAUGAUCUUGUCAUCGUUGGAUACUUUGU